UCCCUUCAAUUUUAUCCCUUCUUUCUUUCAUUUAUUUCCAACCUGUCCUUAAUCCUCUAAUUUAUUUGUUUUACUGUAUUUGAUAAAUCAGUUUGUAUUCUUGUAUGAUUGCUAUGGCAACACCUGCUGUUGUAAGUCAUGCCAAUAAAGCACCACUGAAUUGAGAGUGAGAAUCUGAGCUAGAGAGAGAGGGAAUGUGAGCGAGAGAGAGGGAAUGUGCGCUAGAGAGAGAGAAGAGGAGCCGAGCAAGGAACAGCAGCAACUGAGCUAUAGAUCCAGGGCUCUCCUCUCCAGCCUCCUGCCUCCCUGCGCUUCAUCAGAACCUCCGCUGUCUUCUCUGUAAACUGGCGUCUGGAAGAGCAGGGUGAACAUGAAGCCAGACAGGACCGGGUCCUCCUUGUGGAGUUGGCUUCGGCCGGAAGAAAGGAUUUUCAAAGGGCUGCUUCUAACUCUACUGCUAGGGGGGUGCUGGUCCCCGGGGGCUCACUCUCUGGAGGUGUCUGUUGGGAAGGUAACAAGUGUGGAGGCUCUGAAUGGCUCUGACGUGCUCCUGCCCUGCACCUUCAGCAGCUGCAUCGGCUACGAGGACCUGCUCUUCAGGUGGUCAUACAAAAGGAACAGCACCUUGGAGUUGAUGUUUGAAGCCACUAUCAAAGGACCCGAAUAUGAGCCUCGAAUUCUCUUCUCAGACUACCGUGUGCAGUUCGCCGGCACCUCAAAGUCAAACAACAUCUCCAUCAUCCUGUUCAACGUGGACUUCGACGACUCUGGACAGUACAUCUGCUAUGCCAAGAAUCCCAAAGAGAAGAACCGCGUGCACCGAGCGACCUACACACUCCUCGUCGUGUCUGAGAUGAAAGUAGUGGAUAAAACCCUGACCACCAUUAUUGUUUCAGUGGUGGGAGGGCUGAUUGGGUUCCUCGUUGUGUUUCUAUUGGGCAAGAAGCUCAUUCUCUUCGCCAUCGCCAAAUCACGAGAGCGGAAGGAGUGUCUUGUAAGUUCCUCAGGGAUUGACAACACAGAGAACGGACCGACAGGAUCCAAAGGCAAUACGAAGCAAACAUCAAAGGCGUGAAGAACACAUUUCAAUACAGAGUCAUAGAGAUAUACAAAGAGUGCAGAA